GGGAAACGUGAAGCUUUCAUAAAACCCAGAAGGUAAACAGAUGCUUUUAUUGCAACUUUUCAAUUUAUAAAAAUACAUAAGAGUUAUUGAAGAAAGUUUGCCGAAUUUUUUAGCUGCAUUUUAGAGAAAGUAAGAAAAUUAACGCCUUGAUAAUAUUAAAUGAGAGAAACAUUAUUUUUCCCCUGUACAGAGUAGAUUUAUCUGGUGACGUGGCGGCGUUCUUUCUCUUUUCAAUCGUCAAUCGUUGAUUAUAAAGUUAAAAACAUAUUCCAAUAAUAUUCAUUAAUGACAUUAUAGUCUACACUAUUAGUAUUAGCAGAUGGAAAAAUAUUUCAAAAAUAAGUAAUUCCUUACAAUUUGCUUCUUGCUCUUCGAGGAUAUGUCCAAAUGUUAAAUAGUUCCCAUUCACUGCAUGCAGCAUGGCUGAUUCCACUCAUAAUGAUCACGAGUAUGACGUCCAUCAACCAGAGUCCAGACCAUACUCAUAAAAUAAUUAAUUGUCCUUUACUUACAACAGGUAGUCAAUUAGGCGUGGCAUAUGCAUAGUCCUGGUUAAAUUUAUGUGAUCUUCUUUGAGGAAACAAAACAUGAAUUAAUUAUUAAUUUAACAGUCAGAGUCAGACAAUCCUUCCAACUACAAACACAGUUUGACUGAGUUUGGUAACUUUAAAGUCAGUUAGGCCUACACUACAUAUUCAGCUGCCUUUUUUUACAGUUAGCAUUAGGUCCAGUUAUUACUAACAGUUAUUAAAUAUAAAAUUGUUUCUUUGUAUAGUAAUAGUUGUUUUUUUUAGUAGGCUACAGAUAUCAGUAUCAAAUUUUAGACUAUUCUAUUCAGUGUAUUGUUAGAACUUGAGGCAAGAGCAUGCACAAAAACUGAAACAGGCACCUUUUAAACCUUUUGGUCUGGUCUAGAAAAAAAGACAAAAACUUAUAUGAUAAACCGAUAUAGUGUUAGCCUAGCCUACUUCUCAGGCAAUACUAAAUACUAAUCCUGAAAUACAACCAUUUUAACAUAGGUCUAUUGAAGUCUACUGGACUUAUUUUAUUUGGUUCAUAUUUUAAAUUUAGCCUUCAAGGUAAAGCUUUACAAGAUGUUUAACCAUGAAAAUGUACUUUUUUCUUUGAAGAUUCGGAAUCAAAUAGACUAGUGACUAGACUGGUAACAGUAGUAUUAGUAGUAAUAGUAAUAGUAUUAAGUACUAGUUAGUAGGCCUACAUAGGCCGACUAGUUUAAUAUUCAAAGUCAAACACUUUAUGUAUCUCGGAGCAUUUGAAUAUAUUAACAUUUUCAGCAUUUAUUUAUUAUCUAGGGAUCGGCUGACUAUUAUAUGUACACAACAUUGGAAUAUCAAAUGCUGCAAUGCAACUAUUUUUCCUAUGACCACUUGUCACAUGACCUGCCGGAAUAAUAAUACUUCUAGUUGUCCGGAGGUCACAUGACAUGUCUACCGCCGGAACAAUAUCUUCCACUAGUCGUCCGGCGGUCACGUGACAUGCCCGCCAGACGUAAAGCUCCCGUACUAUUUGUCCGGCGCGCGUCGGACAUGUAGACACUUUGAACUUAUAUUGUUAGUUUAUCCAGUUUAGCCUAGACCUUGUGUUUAAUUAUUAUUAUCUUUUUUCUUUUCUCAGAUGAAGUUGUGGAUUACAGCUCUGAUAUUAACAUUUGGAUGUUUUAUUCCUUCUUUUGGUGAAGAGGAGACAGAUGCCAGACUUUUAGCUUCAAAAAAUGUACUCAAUCAGUAUCUUGUAGAAGGGAAAGAUCUCACUGUUGAAUACAAAAUCUUCAAUGUUGGAAGCAGGUAGCUAGCUGGUUGUUACCUACAAUUACAGUAAUAUUUUGGAUUUAUAGGAUUGAUAAAUUUUAUGUAAUUUUUUAUGGUGUGGCCGGUUGUUGAUGUGGGUUUUUUUAAACCAUGUCUUUUAAUACCGAAGAUAUAGGCUGCACAGUAAAACCAGGUUGUAUUAUUUUCCUUUGGCAAAUGUGUGUUUCAUGCAUGGGAGAAAAAGUUCAUGGGAGUAUAUUUGUCUUGUUGGUGAUGUUUUGUAAGCUCUCCGAACCAACCACAUUAUUAUUGAUGAUUAUUGUUAAUGUCGCUUUUUUUAUUUUCAACCUUUAAUUUUCUUAAAACUAGAUUUUUCAAGUUUUUUUUUUUUCCACAGGGUCGCUUUUAAUGUUCUUUUAAAUGACAACAGUUUUCCAGAGUCAUCCUUCAGUAUUGUCAGUGGUAAUCUUAAAGUUGAAUGGGAAAGAAUUGCACCGUAUCCUUUAUUAAACUUAUGCUUUACCAUCAUUUCCAUUUUAUGGCAUAACAGCACUGUUAACAUUAAAUACAGAUUUGCUGCUUUCAGUGGUGUAGCUAGGACUGAGUGCCACCCGGGACAUGCCAAUAUUUUUGUCACACUCUCCUAUGAAGAAAAAAAACUUUGCGCUUUAGAAAAAAUGCAACCCAUCUGUGUACAAAAAUAACAUGGCAUCUUACACCAUUGCCUGCUUUAGUCUGUCACAAGGCCAAUAUUAUAAUGCUCAUAAAAAAUUCCUCAUGGAGGAGACAGAUAAAUACUAAACCAAUACAGGUUGCUAAUAAUUAUUAUUUUUUUUUUUUACAAAACUAAAAUAUCGAAAUUGGCAAGUUUACUUAUUUAGAAAAGAGCUAGAAUCUUUAGCGUGCAUUAGGAGAGAGUAGGUUAUUCUCAUUGUGUUGUUGCAGUGUUAUAAGACUCAAGUCAUGUUGCUAUAAUUAAAGUAUUUUUAUUAAAGAUUUGAAUUUCUUGACUUCCAUGCACAGUAAUUCAAAUGUCACACAUGCAGUUAUUCUGAAACCUUUAAAAUCUGGCUACUUUAAUUUCACGUCUGCAGAGCUGAGUUAUCACACCUCAGAAGAAUCAAGAGAGCGAACAGUAAAUAUUUUUAUGUUUAUAGUUUUUUUUUAGAAACUGUUUCCUAAUACUGGUACUUUGUUGCUUAUACUUAUCAGGCAUAUAAAAAGGUUGCUCCACUUGUGCAAGAAUUCAUAUAUAGGAAUUGUUCAAAAAUUUUAUAGAUUUGAUGCCUGCUUCAAGAUAAUAAAGGAAAAAAUUGUUGGGUGACAAGUAUGUUUCUAGUAAUACUAAUAUUAUUAAAUUAGUAUUACUUACAGAAUUUGAAGUCUAAAUGUAGGAAUUUGUUGUGAAAUGAACUCGGCAUAAAUUUGUUUUCCAGCUUGGUUACACCAGUUUUCCUGGUGAAGGUGGCAUUGUUCCUCAAAGGGAAUUUGACAGACGUUUCUCUCCCCAUGUGGUGAGUAGUUUUAUUACACAUGCCAAGUUUAAAUGUCAUAAUGCGUGAAUUAAACAUCAAAGCUUAUUACAAUGUCACAGAUUUACUAAUUUAGGUGACACCUAUAGCUUGUUACUGAAUGGGCCAUUCAAUGGUCUUAUCAACGCAGUGCAUCCUGCCUCAUCUCUCAUUAUUUUUGCAUUUAUACUUAAACUUAAGACACACAUUUCACAGAGACUUCGACAGUAUCUUCAACAGUAGCUUGGGGUACCACACUAAAUAAAAUCACUAUAAUAAUAUUUUGAAUUAAGGAACACUCCUUAGACUCUUGGAUUUAUCUCAUUUUAGUUUAUGCAUAAAAACAUUAAAUUUUCACUGCUCAUGAUUUUAUGUUAUAUUUCUCAUUAAAUUUAUCCAUUUCUAGAUGCUUUGGUCUUAAGUUUGGUUUUCUUUGUAGAUCAGAAUUAGUUCUCUUUGUUCUGACUAUAUACUAAAUAAGUGAGUCAGGCAAUUGGUGCGCAGGAGUUUUAUUAAAAAUUUAUUUAAAAUAUAAGAACAAUAAACGAGGUAUAGAUUUGGAAAUCCUAUACUCUUCCUGUGUAAAAAAUAAAAAGGGGGGUCAUCUACUUCCCAUUUCUCUGUACAUUAUGAAUGUCAUGGUUAAUAUGUUGUGUUACUUAGUCACAAUUAUCUUUUUCUGUUACCGUAACCUUUUGACACUUCAUUUCCACUUGCUAUCAACCAAUUUUCUUCUCAAUAUUAAAUCCACAGGAGGCAGGUUAGCAUAUUAAUAACAUGGCAACAUGAAAAAUGCACAAAUAAUGUACAAUCUUACCGUACGCUACUUGAAAAAAAUUAUAAUUAUCUUCCAUGACCCGACCACCCCCUGAAAUAUUUUUGUCAAGUCACAUUGAUUUGAUUACCAGUGUAGAAAACAAUGGUGGGAAAAAGUCCAUUUACCAUUGCAAAAUUGGGUGACAAGUUAAGAUAGACUUUAGGUAUUUAUUUUUGUUACUAUUUACCUAAUGGUUUGGAGUUAGUAAAUGAAUACAUGAUUGAUUCAAGUUUAAAAUAGUAUGUUUUCAUUUUUAGAUUUUAAUUUAAUUUCACAAAUUUUCUUUUCAGCUUGACUGGCUAGUGUUUGCGUUCAUGACUUUGCCUUCUUUGGGUAUUCCUUUCCUUUUGUGGUACAGCUCAAAGAGUAAAUAUGACCAGUCAAAAGUCAAGAAAAACUGAACAUAUAGUAUAGUCAUUAAUGAAUGAUGUGUGCAACAUUUUGCAUGGUGAAAAUGAUAUCAGUUGUUUUAUUAAGACCACUUAUGUGAGAGUUAUUCAUAUUUAUGCCAUGAAAUUAGUAAGAGUGUGAUCGAAUUUUGAACAGCAUAAGAGGAUUUUAGUUUCUUUAUAAUGUCAUUAACUUAAAAAAAAUUAAACGUACAAAAACCUUUUU